AUGGCUUUCUUUUUCCUCUUUAUCCUCUCCCUUGUUGCUUCUUCUGCCACUGCUUGCGAUCGCUGCCUGCACCAAUCCAAGGCUUCCUAUUUCUCCAAAGCUUCUGCUCUUUCAUCUGGGGCAUGUGGGUAUGGGUCUUUGGCUCUAGACAUAAGUGGUGGACACCUUGCUGCUGGUGUGGCCUCUCUCUUCAAAAAUGGAGCCGGUUGUGGUGCGUGCUUUCAGAUACGAUGCAAGAACUCAAGUGUUUGCAGCAAAGUGGGUACCAGAGUGGUAUUGACUGAUCUUAAUCACGACAAUCGAACUGACUUUGUGCUCAGCAGCAGAGCCUUCUCAGCCUUGGCUCAGAAGGGCAUGAGCCAACAAAUAUUGAAACUUGGCAUUCUUGACAUUGAACACAAGAGAGUACCUUGUGAUUACAAAAAUCAGAAUCUGGCGAUCCGUGUAGAAGAAUCAAGCAAGAAGCCUGAUUAUUUAGCAAUUAAAUUUUUGUACCAAGGAGGUCAAACAGAGAUAGGAGCCGUUGAUGUGGCUCAGGUUGGGUCCUCAAAUUGGAGCUUCAUGAGCAGAAACCAUGGGGCAGUGUGGGACACAAGUAGGGUACCAGAAGGUGCAUUGCAGUUUCGGUUUGUGGUAACAGCAGGGUAUGAUGGAAAGUGGAUCUGGGCAAAGAACGUUCUACCUGCUGAUUGGAAAAAUGGAGUCAUAUAUGACUCUGGCCUUCAAAUUUCAGACACUGCACAAGAGGGUUGUUUCCCUUGUGAUGAUGCCACCUGGUCAUGA